AUGGCGGCUAACGUCACAGCUGAGCUAACACAGCACCUAAAUGCCCGACAUCUUUACCCUACCGCAGCCUGGCUGCAAGGCUUCCUGUCCACAACCCGACCGAACACGCCAUUGCCCGCCAUCAAGCAGACAGCUCUCUUCCGCCUACUAGCCACCGACAUCACAACAUCGCUCACUCAGCCUGCAGCCUCAGUGUUUCCCAGCGAUGUAUUAAAGGGCACAACUAAGUCCCGCCUUGUCCCUGGCCCUGUUGUCUGUCAAGUGCUUGACGUCGAAGACAUUGGCCACUCGCGUUGGUCCCAGGUCGAAUCUAUCGAAGCGCAAGAGCGGGGCGAAAUGACAAAAGGAAGGGAGAUCGUGCGCGUUGUAGAACAAGAGAACGAGGGCACUGCUGAGGCUGCAGUUCCUGUGCAGAGCAAAGGGCCAUUCAAGUUGCUACUGCAGGACGCAAAAGGACUCAAGAUCUAUGCCAUGGAUCUGAGAGGGAUAGACGGGCUCAACACCAAUAUGGUUAUGGGCGCAAAGCUUGUCCUGAAAAAUGUUGACGUAAGGAGAGGUGUCAUCAUGCUUGAGCCCGGCAGUGUUCAGUAUGUUGGUGGGAAGCUCGAGGCACUUGAUAAGGCUUGGAAAGAGGGGAGGAAGGAGAGGCUGAUGGCAGCGGCUAAGGUGACAGCAUAG